UGACGCGGCAGGCUGCUGUGGAUUGCUGGUCAUUUUCAUCACCAGCAUAGCAACAAAAAAAAGAAAGGAAAAAAAAGAGAAAAAGAUGGAUAAAAACAGUACAACAUUCUCCGUCCAGCUUUAUAUUUACGACUUGUCAAAGGGAAUGGCGCGCCAGCUCAGCCCGAUAAUGCUCGGGAAGCAGCUUGAUGGAAUUUGGCACACGUCCAUCGUGGUGUUCGGAGAGGAGUUCUUCUUCGGAGGUGUAGGGAUAUCCAGCUGCCCUCCGGGCGGGACGAUGCUCGGGCCACCCGAUACAGUGGUGGAGUUGGGCAACACGGAGGUGAACGAGGAGAUCUUCAUGGACUACCUGUCCUCACUCGGAGAAACCACAUACAGAGGGGAGAGAUACAGGUUGUUUGAGCAUAACUGUAACACCUUCACUAACGAAGUGGCUCAGUUUCUGACAGGCCGAAAGAUUCCUUCUUACAUCACAGACCUGCCGUCUGAAGUGCUCUCCACGCCGUUUGGUCAGGUCCUGAGGCCGAUCCUGGACUCCAUCCACAUUGCGCCCCCUGGUGGCAGUGUUAUCAACAGCCAGAAUAAUCACAGCUAGGUCUCUUUCACCAGCUCCACACACACACACCCCCCCACACACACAGUGGCAGCUUGUGUUUGUGUUUAAACAGUCAUGUUGGGUUGAGACUCGGGGAUCAGUUGUAUGCUGAACAGACACACGGCUCCGAUCCUCGGCUCUGAUCCUCACUCUGCAGUCCUGAAGCCACAGUCAGGGAUCUCAUUACUCCAUCUCACUGUACACCGAGCUGCCGUUUCAUCAGGUCCACCUCCACUGACUGUACUGUACACUACAGGAUUGGCAUAGGUCUACCCCAUCCAUGAAUUUGGGGGGUGGGGGGGGUGGGACAACCACUGACCAGACAUGUGAUGUGCGUCCACGUCAUUCAAAUGUCUCUGUUUCACUGGGCAGCAUUUAACUCUAGUAAGAAACCAUGUUCAGUGUCAUCAGACACCAUUAUACAAACCAUUUGUUUACUAUGGGACAAAUCAGUUGAAUCACUUACAAUUGUUAACUAUGGGUUGAAUCAGUUGAAUCAAUUGAAUCACUUACAAUUGUUUACUAUGGGAUGAAUGACUUGAAUCAUUCAAAUCAGUUAAAUUACUUACAUUUAUGUACUUUAUUAAUCCGUGAGGGGAAAUUGUUAAUCAGUUGAAGUCAGACAAAUUAUUCAAAUCUCACACAUUUACGAGAGAAUCUACCAAAUCCCUUACGAUUUUCAGCUAUGAGAUAAAUCACAUGAAUCAAUCAAAUUACUUACUUCCUCGAUUGGACUGACUGUUUGAUCAGCCAUGUUUGUGAAAAGAAUGAUAGGAUUGGCUUCAUUGUAAAGGACACAUGGGACACUAGGUCCAAAUUUUUCAGCCGUUUUCCUGCCUUCUGAUUGGAGCACAGUGAUGAUUCAGGUGGUGUUGAUUCUCAGUACAGCAGUGACACUGAUGUGGAAGUAUGUGUGGCACAGGUACGAGUGUUUAUAUAAAAGUAACAGAGUGGCUGCAAGACUUGUGUAUUAAUAAUAAUCUGUGUGUGUGUAUAAAAAUGAAUCCCUGAUUGUGGCACAUACGAUUCAGCCAUGCUGCAUUUUUUAGAAAAUUCUGAAUGUGAUUAAAAUUUCUUGCAAGCAAAUAUUAUCGACAUAAUAUUCAUUGUCUUGUUUUUAAUGCAGCCGGUUCGCCAUGGAAACGGCUUAGAAAUAUUGACACGAGCUCCAGCGCUGGCCGUCUUUAAACACACGCGACAUAAUGAACGUCUUAUAGCAGCUAUGUUUAUAUUCAGAUAUGUUACUACAGUUUGAACCCAUCCUAUAGUCAGCAAAUGGGUUUUAAAUCGAGUAUUAAUUAUAAUUAAAAUGGUUAAUCUAACAAUCUUUAGUAAAUGAAGCCUAUAGUGUUUGUAGUGUGAUUUCUAAUCCUUUUCAGUGUUACACAGUGUUAAAUCUCUCAUGAACUACUGAUCUUUGUCCAUUUAUUUGCACAUUAUUUGAACUCCUGACCUAUUUCCUGUGUUUUCAGUCACUGCACUUUGUGUUUAAGUUUGUAGUUGCCAUAUUACAGUAUUUUUUUUCUUCAGCAAAGCCUAGGAAAACAAAGAUUAGCACGACUGGACUGACCGUACCGUUACGUUCACAGGGUGUCAGAACCUGGUUUUGUGUUCACGCAGUGUGAUUUGUGAUGCCUGAUUUGGUUUUAACCGAAGAACACCUUUGUCACUUUAUUAUCAUCAUAUUUUAACUUAUCAUUGCAAUUUCUAUUUAUUAACAAUAAUAUAAUUAAAUGAUCUAUUAUGUUGGCAUAAAUAUUUAUUUGGUGUUAUGAUUUACGCAAUGUGUUACAUGUGUACUCUGUCAUAAUAUGU